AUGGCUUCCAAGCCACUGUUAACCAUCUUUAUCAUCACUAUUUUAAUGGCUUUGAUGCCAAAAGCCACAUUUUCAAUACCUUUUGUUGUCUUUCAUGGCAUUUCAGAUAGUUGCGAUAACAAAGGAGUUACAAAAUUUACUGAGCUUCUAACCAACUGGUCUGGUUCUCAAGGAUAUUGCAUAGAAAUAGGAAAUGGAGGAUGGGAUUCCUGGUUUAUGCCCUUUACGGAACAGGUGACUUUGCCUAUUAGUGUGAAGGAAAUGAGUGAACUGAGCGAGGGUUUCAAUAUAGUUGGACUUUCACAGGGUAACUUGGUUGGCCGAGGGGUUCUUGAGUUUUGUGAUGGUGCACCUCCUGUGAAGAAUUUUAUAUCACUGGCAGGUCCCCAUGCCGGGAUAGCUUCUGUUCCACUUUGUGGAUCUGGUUUUCUAUGCAUUCUUGUGGACUCUAUUCUGGAUUUAGCAAUUUACAGCGAUUUUGUCCAGGAAAACUUGGCACCCGCUGGUUAUAUUAAAAUCCCCACUGACAUUGAUGGCUACUUAAAAGGCUGUAAGUUUCUCCCGAAGCUUAACAAUGAAAUCGUUAGAAACUCCACUUACAAGGAACGCUUCACUAGCUUAGAGAAUUUGGUACUCAUAAUGUUCGAAGAUGAUUCAGUUUUGGUACCAAGGGAAACCUCUUGGUUUGGGUAUUUUCCAGAUGGAUCGUGGGACACAGUUUUACCUGCGCAAGAGACGAAACUCUAUAUUGAAGAUUGGAUCGGUUUGAAAACCUUGGAUGAAGCUGGAAAGGUGAAAUUCAUAAACGUGUCAGGUAAUCAUCUUGAAAUCUCUCAGAGUGCAAUGAGAGAAUACAUAGUACCCUAUUUGGUGGAUGACGAAUCCAUAAAACCGAGGAGAACAGAUUCAUCUCUGAUAUGGCUCUCAUCUCUCUGGAAUUUCUUUGGGGAACUGCUAGGGGUUACUGAUAAAUGUCCCCUGCUGCAUACUAUGUCUUGA